GAGUAGCCCAUUGGCUGAGAUCAUUUACCGGAUCUGACGAAGGGCGAAGAUCUGGCGGGUUUUGAGACGUAUCGCGCGCGCUCAAUACUUCACAACAACAGUCUGUAGAAGAAGCAGCAGCUGAGGGGCCGAGAAAUCAAUCAUGCACGUGAUCAAGAGAGAUGGUCGCCAGGAGCGAGUAAUGUUCGACAAAAUCACAUCACGAAUCCAGAAACUUUGCUAUGGACUCAAUGCUGAGUUUGUUGAUCCUACUCAGAUCACCAUGAAGGUGAUUCAGGGCCUUUACAGUGGCGUUACCACAGUGGAGCUGGACACCCUGGCUGCUGAGAUCGCUGCCACCCUCACCACCAAACACCCUGACUAUGCCAUCCUGGCCGCCCGCAUCGCUGUGUCCAACCUGCACAAAGAAACCAAGAAGGUCUUCAGUGAGGUUAUGGAGGAUCUCUACAACUACGUGAAUCCUCUGAACACCCGUCACUCGCCUAUGAUUUCAAAAGAAACCCUUGACAUCGUUUUGGCCAACAAAGAUCGCCUAAACUCGGCCAUCAUUUUUGACAGAGAUUUCUCUUACAACUUCUUUGGCUUCAAGACAUUGGAGCGCUCGUAUCUGCUGAAGAUAAAUGGAAAAGUUGCUGAGCGGCCGCAGCACAUGCUGAUGAGAGUGUCUGUGGGAAUCCAUAAGGAGGACAUUGCAGCAGCUAUAGAAACCUACAAUCUGCUGUCUGAGAAGUGGUUCACUCAUGCUUCUCCUACGCUCUUCAACGCCGGCACCAACCGGCCACAGCUCUCCAGUUGCUUCCUGCUUGCCAUGAAGGAUGACAGUAUUGAGGGGAUCUAUGACACCUUGAAGCAGUGCGCGCUCAUUUCUAAGUCUGCUGGUGGUAUCGGGGUGGCAGUGAGCUGCAUUAGAGCUACAGGAAGCUACAUUGCAGGGACUAAUGGCAACUCAAAUGGCCUGGUUCCUAUGCUCCGUGUCUACAACAACACAGCACGUUAUGUGGAUCAAGGAGGAAAUAAGAGACCAGGAGCUUUUGCUAUGUAUCUGGAGCCCUGGCAUUUUGACAUUUUUGACUUCCUAGAGCUUAAAAAGAAUACUGGUAAAGAGGAACAGAGAGCUAGAGAUCUGUUUUACGCCCUCUGGAUCCCUGAUCUCUUCAUGAAGCGAGUAGAGACCAAUGCGGAUUGGUCUCUGAUGUGCCCCAGUGACUGUCCUGGGCUGGAUGAGUGCUGGGGAGAGGAAUUUGAGAAGCUCUACACAAAAUAUGAGAAGGAGGGCAGAGCUAAGCGUGUGGUGAAGGCUCAGCAGCUGUGGUAUGCCAUCAUUGAGUCUCAGACAGAGACCGGUACACCCUACAUGCUCUACAAGGGCGCCUGCAACCGUAAGAGCAACCAGCAGAACCUGGGCACCAUCAAAUGCAGUAACUUGUGCACAGAGGUUGUAGAGUACACCAGUAAGGAUGAGGUGGCUGUUUGCAACUUGGCAUCCAUUGCACUUAACAUGUACGUCACCCCAGAGCGAACUUUUGACUUCCAGAAGUUGGCUUCUGUUACAAAAGUUAUUGUGAAGAACCUUAACAAAAUCAUUGACAUCAACUACUAUCCUGUGCAAGAGGCAGAGAACUCCAACAAGCGUCACAGGCCCAUUGGUAUCGGCGUUCAGGGUCUGGCCGAUGCCUUUAUCCUCAUGCGCUUUCCGUUUGAGAGCGCAGAGGCUCAACACCUCAACUCACAGAUCUUUGAGACCAUCUACUACGCUGCCCUGGAGUCCAGCUGUGAGCUGGCAGCAGAAUUUGGGCCGUAUGAAACCUAUGCUGGGUGUCCUGUGAGCAAGGGCAUCCUGCAGUAUGACAUGUGGGAUAAGACGCCUACAGACCUGUGGGACUGGGCGGCACUCAAGGAGAAGAUUGCAAAGCAUGGUGUGCGUAACAGUCUUCUGCUGGCUCCUAUGCCCACUGCCUCCACUGCUCAGAUCCUGGGAAACAACGAGUCAAUCGAGCCGUACACUAGCAACAUCUACACACGCAGAGUUCUGUCUGGAGAGUUUCAGAUUGUGAACCCACAUCUACUCAAAGACCUCACAGAACGAGGACUUUGGAAUGAAGAAAUGAAAAAUCAGCUAAUUGCUCAGAACGGAUCCAUCCAGGGCAUUCCCACAAUACCAGAUGACCUGAAGGAACUGUAUAAGACAGUGUGGGAGAUCUCUCAAAAGACCAUCUUAAAGAUGGCUGCAGACAGAGGUGCCUUCAUUGACCAGAGCCAGUCCCUCAACAUCCACAUCGCUGAACCCAACUAUGGCAAGCUGACCAGCAUGCACUUCUACGGCUGGAAGCAGGGUCUUAAAACAGGAAUGUACUACCUGAGAACUAAACCAGCUGCCAACCCCAUCCAGUUCACUCUCAACAAAGAAAAACUAAAGGAGACGCAGACAAGUACAAGCAGCGAGGAGGAAACCAAAGAACGCAACAAAGCUGCCAUGGUGUGUUCGCUGGAGAACCGUGAUGAGUGUCUGAUGUGCGGUUCAUGAACCCCUGCUGACAAGGACCUUCAGGGUGGUUGCCAAUUUGCAUCUUGUACAGUAUUAUUUACAUCUAGUACUUUUUUUCUUUUUAAUGACCAUACAAAAUAAAAUUAUUUAGAUUAAUUUACUUUUGGAUCUGUAUGCAAUAAAUGCAAUAAAAAUUAUUUUGGGGAUCUCAGACUUUAUGAAAAGAACGUUUGGAGUCAUUUUGAAUAUGCUUCUGGUCAAUUUCCAUCGAUUUCAUGGUUUAGGGUUAAUGUAUAAAGAAAGGGUUGGAGUUACAGUUUUGAAAGGGUGCAUGAGAUUUCUUUAGGUUACAUUUAUUUAAAUUAAUACACUAUUAUUUUGUAACAGUGCUAAAUACAGUAUAUUGUUGUCUGAUGUAAUGCACCAGCAUUACCCUGUGUGAAGUAACAGGUCAUUAUUACUAUGGUUAUGGGAACAGGUGUGACGUUCCAGUAGGGGUGCAUGGGGAGGGUCUGAGGCUGCAGGUGAUUGGUUAAUGAAUAGUCACAGAGGCCUCAUGGGGAAAGUGGCUGUUGUCACAAACAGCAGGUGUUAAAACAAGCUGCAACAUGUACAUACUCUCUGGGGCGAUAAAGGCUCUGGUUUAUUUAACCACCUUUCAUUUGUGUAUUCUGGGUUUUUAUAUUGAGUUCAAAUGAUUAAAUUACUGCUUUAAUAGGAAUUGAUGAUUGCAUGUAUUUAUUAUACGAUAUUGUCAAAUGGUGUUCUAUGGAUUUUAUUAAUAAUACAACUUCUACAAUUAAUCUACAUGAUUUACAAAUUAUUUUACAGUUUUAGAGGACCAAACAACCAGAAUGCUUUUGUUAUAUAGUGUAUAUGUCGCCAAAAAAGUAUUGUCACACUUAAAAUAGACCACUGUUCAAAGUCAAGAAAUACAAAAAAAAAAAGUAACAUUCUGAAAUACAAUUCUCAUGUUUUUGAUCAAAUUUUUUUUUGCUGCCUCAAAGCUUUUGCACAGUAGUUUAAAAUAUGUAAGAACCAACUGCUAGUCAUUACAAGGAAUGCAGAACAAGUGAACUUUUCAAGACUCAAAUGAAUAGAACAAUAGUACUCAAAUUUAAGUGUUCAAAUGUUGGUAUGUUUAUAGUUAAUGCAAUAAACUGCACCUCUGACCAUUAUUA